AUCAGUUUCAUAGUGACACUGUGGCCCGGCCUGUAAUCUAAACUGGUAGCAUCAGGUUGCAUCUUUCUACCUAUUGGCAUGUGUGAUACUUUAUCUCUAGACGGUUCAUGAAUCAUUUAGCGUGGCAGGGAAAGAGCUUCCUGUAUGCCUCCGGGCUGUCUCUGAGCCCUGGACAGCAUAAUGAAAUGAUGUUCUCUUUCAAGGUUUGUCUCUGCUGGCCUUCUGUACUUUGCUGGUUCUUCAACCUAAGACUGAGCCCUGCUGAUGGAUCAAACAUUACUCUAAGACUUCCGGAAAGAUCUUCCUGCAAACCAGGCUUUUACUGCCCGGAGGGAGAUCCAGUUCCAUGUCCCAAAGGAACAUUUGGACCAAGUUUCUGGGCCACAACCAUAAACAGCUGUAUCAGCUGCCCACCACAUCACUAUGGACCUAGAGAAGGCAUGAGCAGUUGCCAGCCUUGUGGGCCAUGGUCACAGCAGCCUCUGCCAGGACAGGACAGCUGUACCUGUCAGCAAGAGGGUCAAAUCUUCCAGGCAAGUGACGGACAGUGUCCUUGUAGUUUAGGAUACACACAGAAAGGAGAAGCCUGUCUGUUGAAGGUCUAUGAGAUCUGCAAGGAUGGAAGAACACGUAACCAGCAUGGAGAAUGUCUGGACCACAAGCAAUGGAAGCAGUAUUGCUCACAGCAGGUGUGUCCAUCUCCUGAGCUGUAUGAGGGCUACGAUGGCUCUCUGGGCCUGUGUGUGUGCAGAGGUCUGUCCAGACCUGAGCCAGACAGGGUCGAGUGUGUGGGCUGGUGCCGGAACACCCCGAGUCCAGUUCUGCAGCUGGUUUGCACUGGAAGCCUUUACCUGCUCUACACAGAGUCUAAUCAACAGGUGAGCAUGUCGGGAAGCAUGCUGGAGAUCGUCCUGAAGCACUGGGACUCCCGUGGGAGCUUGGAAUGCAAUGUGCAGCUCAAUUUCUCCAGGCCUGUGUAUACGGUGCAAACAGGGGAGGCGGGCUUCUUUGGUCUGCUCAAUGCUGUCCCCAUCGAGGUCCGGAGGUUGAUUCUGGCCCACAGCCAGGAAACCAACAGCCAUUUUGAGCCACUAGAUACAGAAAGAGGAAACAUCAAAGACAAAGAGGAAGAUUGGGACUCUCACUGGUCCAGCAAAUCAUCAGCGUUCGGUACAUCCGACAUGCGGCCUGGAGGAGUCUUGAACCCAACAGCAUGUCUACAUCCUGGGGAUAUUCUUCUCUUUACUGUGACCCAGCAGCACUACCCACAGUAUGAUGUAGACAGCUUGUACAACACUAAUGCUGCGUUUGACUGGGGACCCUUCAGACUACUGGCUCAGGACCAAGAACUGGCAAGAUCUGCACACUCCUUUUUCUCCCUGAGUCUACAUGAUCCUGGGGUGUACGCCUUCAAACUCAGCAGCCACCAACAUAGGCACAUGUAUGUGAGGGUAGUGCCUGCAGGUGGAGAAUGUUAUGACACUGGAACCUUCUUCCCAUCUGACCCACAUCAUUUGACUCGCAUGGGCAUCGCGCAGAGGCGCCAACUGUUGCUCCGCCCCGAUUGGCUGAUGAUUGGUGGUCUUUUAGUUGGAGCUGUGGUGAUCUUGUGCUUGUGCGUGACAAUAUUGAUCCUUUUCAGGGAGUACGGCUGGCCUGAGAAACUGCCUGCUCAGGCCAGAUACCGUCAUCUGCAGCUCAGGUACAACAUGGAUGACUAUUCAUCGAAGGGCUCCAGGGUGGUGGCUGUGAAAAAAACACACCGAAACCUGCAGGUCGGGUUGACAGAGGAUUCAGUGCAGAGAGCGGUGGCUCUGGUGCCGAAUGAGUUCUGGGACUAUGAAGAACAAGUGGAUCUUGAAGCCUUCAGUUCCAGCACCUUCUACGACAUCCUGCUCAAGCACAGCGUGUCUGUCACAGUACGCCUCGGACAGCUCAGAGGAGAGGUGAAGCAGCUCUACCAGGGGGUGCUGGGGAAGUUGAGAGAGCUCCACCCUGGCUGGAGAAUGUUUGGAGGGAAAACUGAAGGGUUGGAGAGACAGGUGGAGCAGGAGAUGGUGCGACGAAGAGCACUGGGGAAUCAGCUGACACAGCUACUGGACAGUCAGCUGCAGAUCCUGCGGGAGGAGAUGAGAGCGCAGCAGGACAUGCAGAAGACCUUCAGAGGGCGAGUCAGGGAGAGUGCCAGGCUUCUAAGACUGCUGGCUGAGAGUCAGACCUCGCUCUGGGAUAAACACAUCAAGCAACAUGUUCUGGAGCGAGUAGCUGUGCUGGCUGAUGAGAUGACUGAGAUGGUAUCAGUGGAGAGCCAGAGGCUGGGAGCCUGGGUUGUGCUUAAAGAAGGCACUGGAGCACAGCUGUUAUGCCCUGCUACUGGAUCGGUCCUCAGUAGGGAAGACGCCAUUUCUCCUGAUGGAUCUGUUAGGGCUUGUGAUACUGUUCAUAUAGACCCCCUCACAGGCCUCAUUCAACCCAACUCGAAUGCCCACAUGUUACUGGCCAGUGGGCACAGCAUGCCAGUGCCCCCAGACUUCUUCCUGCACCCCCAGACAGGCAAACUACUGCCUGUGGCGGGAAAUGUGGGCUUUGAUCCUGCUUCCUCCACCCUUGUCUUUACAGCCGAUGCUUGUGUGGGUGAGGUGGGAAAAUGGGAAUCACCCCUGCUGCCUUUCAUUCCUUACCCUCCAUCCCGGCAUGCUGAAAUCCAUGCUGCUUCCAAACUACGGGGGCUCCGUUCAGGCCAAAGGCUGGUGUUUGGAGGACCCAUGUGUGACUAUGACACUGGUGUUCUGGUGCCUAUUCUUGCAGUCACCAUCCAUCCACAAACAGGACUGGUUUAUCCUUUGGGCGGCGUGCACACGUGCCCCAUUUUGCGCCUGCGGCUGCCCAUUCAGAUUGGCUCUCCUAUGCUGGACCCACGUACGGGCAACCUGGUGCUCAUCACGGGGGUCAGUCUUGAUCCCCUCACAGGGGCUGUACUUCCAGUUGGGGGGCUUCUCCUGUGCGAGUCCUUCAUUGAGCCCUUGAGCGGCCGGAUGGUGCGGGUUGGUGGAGGCAGCGUGCGAGGAGGGAAGGUGGUGCCUCAUGCUGGGGGUUUCCAGGCUCUGUUGGACAGCCAGGCUCUGGGCGCCUGCUUGCGGGUGGCAGAGCUCAUGCAAGGUUGCUGUGAUGAGUGGAGCUCAACAGCCGCAGAUCUACAAGGUGACCUCGAUAGACUCUCGGCAGGAACAUCUGAGCUGGAACAGGCCUGGAAAAGCAGCCAACAUUGUAUGUUGCAGCUGCUGAGUCGACUGGAAGCCGUCCAGGAACAGGCCAGGGGUGUGGCGGAGAAUGGUGGUACUGUGGGGGAGAUCAAGCUGCCUGGCAUUGAGCUCUCCUUGCCAGCUCUAGCCGGGUUGGAGUAUCCUGACCCUGGAGGCUCGGGUUUGCAUGUCCCAGUUCUCGGAGCUCAGUUGGACUGGGUUUCUGGAUGCAUGGUGCCUCUGGCAGGAACCAUGGAGGAUGCAGAUGGAAAAGGGAUGGUGCCCAUACGUUUUGGAUCACAGACGGUGGACCCAGUGACAGGGGUGCUGGCUCCAGUUGUUGGAGCCAAUCUGGAUGUUUGGAAGCGGACUGUAAUUCCUGUAACUGUGUCCCAGAUUCUGACUUUAGGAGAAAACCCAGACAGUGUAAUGGUGGAAACCCUCCAGAAGGAGAGCAGCGCACGGGGCAAUUACUGGCGUGAACAGACACUGAAGGAAGAAGAGUUGGUUCGAGAUUUUGAGAGAGCCAUUAAACACUAUCUGUCCACAUCCAUGCACGAACCUGACUGUAUAGACUGGAUGGACACCGACAGGCAGCAAAGGGAAAGGCUAAGGGAGAUUGCAGCUGAAGUUCAGGAAAGGGCUCAGUGUGAGGCCCAGAGAAAAGCUCUCCAGAACUCAGAGUUAUCUCUGCUUCUACCAGCCCAUGUGUUACAUGCUCUCACAGGAGGAGACGAGGAAGAGUGGGAACAGCAGUGUUACUGGCACACCGCGCUUAAAGACGUGCUAAACCGUGUGAGUGUGUCCAUGGAGAGAUUGAGGAUGGACCGGGAUCAGCCAUCAGUCCAGGAAAUGCAGCAUCUGGGUGAGAAACUGAGGGAGCAGGAACUGUGGGAGCAAUUAAUGCAGAGACAAGCAGAGCUGGACGCUGUGCUUUCGUCUCUCCACAGUGCUCGUCUGGUCUGCCAGCUGCGUGCUGACAUCGCGCAGUCUUUGGUGUCUGGUACAUUCUGGUUUAAAGAUUUUGGUGUGCUGAAGCCUAAGGGUGUCAGGAACCCUCUGAAAGUAAUUGCCAUGACUCAGCAGAAAAUCGUUCCUCGGCUUGAACGACUUAUUCAGCUGUUGGAGGAAAACAAAGCACUUGGCCAGUCUACCAGCGCACAGCCACAACAGAGCUCUGGGAAACAGGCGUUUGGCCGGGAAAGCGUUUCCAGAGCAUGGACCGAAUCUGUGUCUGUUAUGAAAGGUGUCUCGACUCAAUCCCUUAAAGAUCAAAUGAAGACUCCGCCUGCGAGUGAACAGAAUGCCACGGUGCCUUCUCUUUCUCUGUCAAACCCAUCUUACACUCAGAAAAAACAGGAAAAAACACAUCUAAACCGCAGCCAGGAUGUCCAAUCUCUCCAGGAACCUGGUCUGUCCGCGUACAUCAGUAUCCCAAAGCUAGCAGGGGAAGAGUGGUCCAGACUAGUAGCGCUCUCUCCUCUGUUCCAUCUGAUGAAGGAAGUGGAGCAGCAGCUCAGGGAUAGUGCCAGAGAUAGAGGCCUGCUGAAGAUCCAGCCCUUGGGUGCAGGUCGGUCGUUCAUGGAUUUCAUGGAUGCCCAGUGGGAGUGCGAAGGAGAGCUGAUUCUAGUGAGCUCUGAAAUACUCAACCCACGAGAGCUUCUGCUCUUCCAGCAUGGACAGUUUCUCCUCCAGCACCUUCAUUUAUAUAAAAUGAUACCAGCAGUAACACUUCAACUGGCUUCUAGUCUUCCUUUCAACAACUAUAAUAACAAUGCCUUCCGCAACUCUUUCUAUUAUCAGGAGGGAGAGAGGACUCUGUUUGUUCGCCGUCUGAGGUUGCAGUCGGUGGGUGGCCUUUCUCUGCUGCUCAUGCACUGUGCUGCACACAUUUCCACCAGUCAGAUGAGAACAGACUCCGAUCCUGCCUUCCAAAGGGCCUUUUUCAAGGUUUUACAGGUGGGCCUAAGUGAGCUGUUCCAUGCCAGACUGGGACAAACUCAUAGUCCAGAUGACGAGAAGGCAAAAGAUUUGACGUCAGAUGCAGCUCUCGAUGGUCUUCUGCUGGAAAGAGUGCAGAAGCCAAGUCCUGGGAUUUUCACAGAGGAUGAGGUUUUGGGGCAUUUGCACAAAUACAGAGAGGCUUCAGUGUUCCGCCAGGUCGAGAGUCUCCUGAAAGAGUCUCCUAAGAGCCUGGAGAUCAACCACUUCAACACCGACCCGUCAGUCAGUGACGGCCCAGACAGCCAAGAUGCCGCUCCAACAUGAACUGACAUUUUAACUUUGAACAGCACUGUCUUUCUGGCAGCAGUAAAUCCAGCUUUCAAAGGCAUGUUAUAUACUGCAGGACAUCUCUCGGCCUUAUCGUCUUGGACAGUACACAGCCCUUGCACCAAGUUCGAGCACCUAGUUUUGCUUCAGGACCAUCUAAUGAUGACCAAACACAGCUAGCAAGCUGUGACUGAAAAACUUGCCUUAACUAAAAAAUGAUCUGAAAAUCAAACAUUGAAAUGGUUAAUAUUACCAUAGGUCCAACAACUUGACAAUGUUACACAAUUUAACAUUGUUGGCAUCUACCUAAUCUGACUAGCAUCUCCAAAAGAUGCAAAUUUGCACCAAAUUACCAUAAAGUUUGUUUGGACACACAAACUUUGAUGAUAACCAGAGGAGCAAUGGUGAAAAAUUGAGAGAGGGAUAUUUGAAUGAGAAUAUCAUCAUGACAUUUUUAUGAAGAAAUUCAGAAAUAAAUGUAGAUUCAGAAAAAAUAAACAGGAAAAAUACAGGGAAAAACAGUUUAAACUGAAUUUAAAUGAUUUUUUUUAACAAAUAUUAAAUAUAUAGCUAUAUAUUUAUAGUAUAUCUAUAGUUAUAAUAGCUAAAUUUCCAACUGCAGAAGAAAACAACCAUGAUGGUGUUUCCACGCCUAUCUAAAAAAUAAAAAAAUAGAUUAGUGUUAAUCACGGCAGUCAGAAAAAAAGACAAAAGAUAGAUGUCAAAUUUAAGUAAUGGUGUAAUCAAAUGUUAAAAUACAACUUUGCAGAAUUUUUUUUUUUAAUGCCAGGACAGUAUACCUUAAAAUGUAUGACUUUAAUAACUCUGGAAAUGAUGUCAAAACGGACCAUACACAAUUAUAUGAAUUUUUUUCCAUUCAAUUUAUCUGUGUUUAGAAGGUUCAAUUCCCCACUGUCCGUGACCAUAUCAAAACAGACCUGCAAAUAAUUUUAGGGUCAUGACCUAUUUUUUACAGAGGUCAUGACUCAUGACCCACCAGAUGAGACCAAUGUUAGAUAGAAAGAAAGACACGCAUAUGUAGCAUGUAGCUAUAUAGCAAAAUAAUAAGCUUUGAAUUUAAAAUGGAUUUAACUUUGCAAAAUGCUCAGGGCAGAAUUGCAAUGAUGAAAGUUUAGAGCUGCAACAAUUAAACCUUGUUCUGUUUACUAUAAAAUGUAUAAGAUAGCCCGUUUGCACUUCUCAGAUGUCUCAGAAUGCAGCGUCACAAUCUUUACCAAAUUAUGCAUUGCCAUUGUACUCUGUAUGCACAUAAUUGUGCUAUCUACAUAUAUUACAGCUGCUAUUUUGUGACUGAAUGUCCCUCUGGGAUCAAUAAAAUAUGCUUUAAUGUAACAACCAGAAAAAUAAAGGCA